GCCCCUCCUGAAAACAUCCGGCGCGCACUUGUUCUUCUUAUGAAAGCUUCUGAAUGGAAUGUUAAGUAACUCUCGUUUUUUCGUUCUUACUAAACCUCCAUGUGGAUCCCUCUGCUCCUCUGCUGCCCUAGUGUGCAUGUGUUUUAAACAGUAAAGUAUAGAUCUCAAGCAAACGAAAUGGCUAAAAAGAAAGAAUCAGAAGCUUCAUGUAAGAAAGCUCCAAAGAAGAAAUUGCAGCAGCCGCUAAAGGCGAGGAGAAAGAAAGAGACAGUGAACAGUGUUGGAGAUGUAGAAGAACCCAUCAAGAGAAAAGUCCAGCCCAAAUCACGCUCCUCUGCUGCUGCUAAAACUGAUGCUGAGAAUGCAAGUAAAUACUUUAAGUCUCCAGUGAAGGAGAUUUGUGAAGAUAUGGAGGUCCCACCCAUCACACUCACUGGGUCUGGAGCAGAGGUGAAGGAGGAAGAUGACGACAGUGAGGAUGACUGGGAGGAGGUGGAAGAGCUGGAGGAGCCUCUUGGUCCAGUGGAGCCCUCUGCUGCAACUCUCGCCAUCCCUGAGUCUGUAGAAAUAGAGAUCGAGACUCCAGAAGUCAGGAAGAGAAAGAAACAGCAGGCCGAGCUGGAUGCAUACCUGCGGCGAAUGGUGAACCGAUACAAGAAGGACCUACUCAUAGACACUCAUAAGGUGCACCUGUUGUGUCUGGUGGCCAAUGCGCAGUUCCGUAACUCUCUGUGCAGUGACCCGGAUCUGUUGGCCAUCAGUCUGUCUUUACUUCCUGCUCAUUUUGGAAAUGUGCCCAAAGAACGCAUAGACCAGAACUACAUUUCCGGACUACACAAAUGGUUCAAAGCAACCUUCACUCUAAACCCCAGUCUCCCCUAUGAAGAGUGUCCCAUCUCCAGGUCUUUACUGGAGAGGAGACUGGCCAGUCUGUCAGCUAGGAACCACCAAGAAAUGACCCAUUUGUUCCUACUGAUGCUCAGGUCCCUGCAGCUUUUCUGUCGACUUGUUUUGUCUCUACAACCUGUACCUUUUAAACCUCCAUCCACAGCAAAGGGCAAAGGGAGUAAAAGGCAGAGCAAACCCAACUCCAAACAGAACUCCUCGGUCGAGUCUAGUCCCACUGAACCUCAAGUCUCCCCGGGAUCUAAGAGACCAUCAUCAGGGGAGAAAAAGGAAAGAGGAGGUAAAAAAGCCAGGAAGAAGUUAGUCAAGGAGGAAGAGGAAGAGGAGAAGAGAGCAAAGCCUGUGCAGAGACCUAAGAACAACAAACGCAGAAGUGUGGCCUCAAAAGUGAGCUACAAAGAGGAGAGUGCCAGUGAUGGAGGGACAGAUGGGAGCGAAGAGGAGUUCAGAGCUGUGAGUGAGGAGGACAGCGAGGAAGAAGAAGAUGAGCAAAAGGCUAAGAAGGGCAAGAAACCUGCAAAAGCCAAAACUCCACUUCCAAAAAGACGAAGCGGUGGCAAGAAACAAGACAAAGAGCAUGAAGAGAGCGAUGAAGAAGUGACUGUGAAUGAGCCUAAAAAGAGGAGAGAGAAGGACAGUCCUGGAGUCGAUGAGUGGUUGGAGGUGUACUUGGACAAAACCCAGUCUUGGGUCUGUGUGGAGGUGGAUGUGGGGGUGGCGUCUCCUCAGGUCAUAUCCCAGAAUGCAUCACAGCCGCUGACAUAUGUGAUAUCUGUGAACGGAGACGGGUUCCUGAAGGACUUAGGCUCCAAGUAUGACCCCACAUGGAUGACAUUGUCCAGGAAGAGGAGGGUGGAUGACGAGUGGUGGGAGGACUCACUGGAGCCAUUCUUUGGACCUGAGGAUGAACGGGACCAACAGGAGGACAAGGAGCUGCAAUCAAAACUGAGGAAUAAGCCUCUGCCUGUGUCAAUCACAGAGUAUAAGAACCACCCUCUGUACGCCCUGAAGAGACACCUGCUUAAAUAUGAGGCCAUCUACCCAGAGAGUGCCGCUGUGCUGGGCUACUGCCGAGGAGAACCAGUCUACUCCAGGGAUUGUGUGCACACUCUUCACUCCAGAGACACAUGGCUGAAAGAGGCUCGAACAGUCAGACUGGGAGAAGAACCAUAUAAGAUGGUGAAAGGUUUCUCCAAUCGCUCACGUAAAGCCAGAAUGAUGUCUGAUAACAAAGAUGAAAACGACCUGGCCCUGUUUGGAGAGUGGCAGACAGAGGAUUACCAGCCACCCAUUGCUGUAGAUGGAAAGGUUCCCCGGAAUGACUAUGGAAACGUGUACCUGUUUAAGCCUUGCAUGUUACCGGUGGGCUGUGUUCAUCUGAAGUUGUCAAAUCUUAACCGCGUCGCACGAAAACUUGACCUAGACGCCGCUCCGGCUGUCACUGGCUUUGACUUCCAUGGAGGAUACUCACAUGCUGUGACGGAUGGGUACAUUGUGUGUGAGGAACAUGAGGAGAUUCUGAGAGCGGCCUGGGUCGAAGAACAGGAGCUCUACAAACAAAAGGAGAAGGAGAAGCGUGAAAAGAAAGCGAUUUCCAACUGGACUCUGCUGACCAAAGGCCUGCUAAUCCGGGAGCGCCUAAAACAGCGCUACGGUCCUAAAUCUGUAGCUGAUGGAUCUAAGGAUGGGGCUGAGAGGGAGACAGGGGGCUUCUCAUCUGACGAAGACCAGGACCACGAUGAGCUCAGUCCGAAAGGAAAGACUGCCUCUGAAACUCUGGCUCUGUCCUGGCCACAGAACAGACAGACCAAGGAAACCAGCAAAACAAAACUGAAACGCAACAAAAAAGGACAAGAGCAGCAUUUGUUUCCAUUUGAGAAAGUGUAAUUUAGAAAUAGUCUAAGAAGCCUAUGUAUUUCAGUAUUUCCAACUGAAUACUUAUGUGGCUCAGUACACACAAAUAUUUUAAUUUUAAUUUGACAUCAAUCUGGAUGACAAUGGAAAAUCACAUAAUUAAAAAAGGUUUAUUAAUAAACAACAAUUUUGAUAACUUGUAAAUGUGCAAAUAAUACUCUAGCACAUUAACAUUUACACAAACAAGGGCCUUUCAUUUCAAAUUUAUUUUUCUGUGAUUCUGCUGAAUGUUUAAGCAAGUAAUGACUUGUCAGCUAUUGUCAUACUGUCAAAAUUGUUCUAAUGUCACUAUGAAUGUAUUGUGUGUUAUAAAUAGAGCUGUGUUCAUCAUGUUUUUGUACAAAGUAUUUUUGUAAGAAACU